AUGUCGGCUACGGUUAUUGAUGCAACUUCAUUAGGUUGGGGCACCAGAGUGAAAGGCUUCAUCGCUUGUUUUGCGAUAGGAUGCCUGUGCUCACUCUUGGGUAGUUGCCUGCUAUGGGUACCAGGGAAAGGGCUGACGCUCUUUGCAGUGUUUUAUACACUGGGGAACAUUGCAUCUAUUGGGAGCACUCUUUUUCUUAUGGGACCAAUGAAACAAUUGAAAAGGAUGUUUGAGCCUACACGUUUGAUUGCUACUAUUGUUAUGCUAUUGUGUCUCAUACUAACAUUGUGUUCUGCUUUCUGGUGGCGUAAGGAAGGACUCGCGCUCCUUUUCUGCAUAUUACAGUUUUUUGCCUUGGCAUGGUACAGCAUUUCCUUCAUACCAUUUGCAAGGGAUGCUGUGAAGAAAUGUGUUUUGGUCUGUCUGUCCUAACAGGAAUACUGGAUGCUUCACAAAGUUCUAGGAAGUUUGGUAGAACUAUGUUAAGAUCACUGUGUAUGUAUUUUCCCACUUCUGUCUCAAACAUGUGCCUUUCAGCUUGUUGUUAGAAGCUCCUUGUGUUAAAUCCAGUGUAUGCAAUUGCUUGGUUUUGUAAGCAAUGGUGUCUGUAGGACAGGGUGCUCGUGAUCAAAUGAAGUUCAGCCUGGCAGAAGAACUGGCCAGAGAUCCAGAGUUUGUUACGAUAAUUCUUAUGUAAAAUCAUGUAUUUGUUGUGCAAAAGUAACAAAGUAAUAUGUGAAGCCUGUAAAAUGGAGACUUCGACUCUGAUGCCAGACUAGAGGAUUUCUUUUUCUUGGAAAAAGAAAUCAGUUGCCAACUGAUUUCUUACUGACAACUUGUUUUUUUUAAACAGCCUUAUGUCACUUAAUCUUUGCACUGUUUGCCUUGGAUAAUGGAAUAUUGGUAUUCUUUCUUUUCAUGCCUCUCUUGCAAAAUUUUAGGUUUGAGACUUCUAAAAGAUUUAAUUCUAAAUGAAAAGACUGUUUUGGAGUAAGUAUGAAAUGUUUGCAUCUUUAAUGAAGUAUUGAAUUUUCAGUUUAGACAGAUGUGUUUCCUUAAAAUACACGAAAGGGACAUUUUCACCUGGAAAAACUUCCUGUAGGAAAAGCACUUGCAAAAUAAGGUUAAUAGAAUUUUUCAGCUGCCAGAAACAUGAGUUCUUUGCCUUGCCUACAGCUAAUGGCAAUACAUACAAGGUAGGAAACUCAAAUUUUUCACAUGAAGCAAGGUGCUUCUCUUCCCUCCCCGCCCCCAGCUGUAGCAUAGGAGCAGUGUGAAGCUGAGGGCAUGAUAGGUAAGCAAAGAGAGAAUUUGUGUAUGUCGUUUCUCAAAGGACAAACUCUGAUAAGGUGGAAUUGGGCUAUUGUUUAAGUAGUCUGGGCCGGGGAGAAGACAUUUUCUUCUGAACUUUUGCAAGUAAGUUAAAGCUCCAACAUUUCUUUUUUUUUUAAGUGGGAGCAGUUUUGUUCCUCCUAAAGCUCUUGCAUACACUAGUGAACUACUUUGCUUUGAGGAGAAAGUGCAAUUUUCUAUUGCCUGUCUUAGCAAAGAAAGCACGUAACAAUCUAGCUGCCAGCUCCAAACAAAUGCUGAACAGUCAGUACCUAAAUUCCAAGGCCACUCUACAUUCUCUUUAUCCUCUGAGCUAUGUAUAAUCACUUACUCCCAAACCGUUGCAGUGGUCAGUUGUUUAAUAUCUGAGCACAGAUUCCCACUUCUGCUGUGUGAGGUACCGUUUAACUGCUUUCACCUUUCCUCUUACCAAACUGUCUUGCUGGAGUCAGUGUCUAUGAAGAUGAUUAUCCAGUGGACUUCAGUAUGAACUGAAGCCUCUCUUCCUUCAUCUACCAAGAGUUUAGUCAUUUAACAGCAUUGUGUUUGCAUGGCAAGUGUAUCCCUGACUUGUACCGCAAGAUUUUAAUGUAGGAAAAACCUAGAUCUACUUGGCAAUAAAGUAUAAGCCCACAGUGAAGCCAAAUAAUUCUAUGGCUUCCAGAAAGCUACUAGAAACUGAAUUAAUUCAAAAUCUUAAACUUAGGUGUCCUUCUGAUAACUUAUAAAGCACGGUACCAUCCUCUGUUAGGAUCCUCUAAAAAAAAAAAAAAGUUCCCUUUUGAGGAUGGUAUGAAAGGGAAAUUUUAACAGGCUUUCUGUGGAUUCCAGCUGGCUAGAGUUACUGUUACAAAGGCAUCUGAAUGGAAAAUGCUGCCCUGAA